GUAUCGAGUAUUUACUUGGAUUUACUUGUAUCGAUUCAUGCCUAUAUAUUGUUAAGUAUUUUUAUCAUAAAUAUUAUAAUGUGUGGAAUUGCUUGUGGUAUUAAUUGUGAGAUUAAAACAAAUGAAAAACUUUUAAAGUUUUUGAAACGAAGGGGACCAAACUUUUUUUCUUGUCUCAAGAUUAAGGUAGAAAAUAUAUUUUUGGAAUUUGGUAGUUCAGUUCUUUGGCAGCAAGGUGAUAAUUUGUGUUCACAACCUGUUCGACAAGGAAACUUCCUCAUACUUUUUAAUGGGGAUAUUUUUAACAUUCCUGAUAAGCAAAGUGCCGAAUCUGAUACCGAAUGGUUAGCAAAGAAAAUAUCGGGGUGUACAAACGAGACGGAUGUAUGCCAUUUGAUCCAGUCUUUGCAGGGGCCAUUUAGUCUAAUAAUUUUCCAUAUAUAUUCCCGUUCUCUGUAUAUAUGUAGAGAUUAUCUGGGCCGCAACUCUCUAAUUAUUGAAAAGGAGGCUGAAUUGUUUCGUUUUUCAAGUACUUCAUGUAACUACAAUAGCAGAAAAUGCGCACUGGAGCUGCCGCCUCUGGGAUUAUAUGUGUUCGAUCCUAUUUUUCCAACUGUGUGGAAAUUGUUUCCUUGGAAACAAACAACUGACGCCUUAUCUAUAGAAAUAAAGACUCUGAAUAAUAUAUUUGGGCUAACUAUAUCGGUUGAAGAGCAUAUGAAACCAGAUUGGCUAAAGGUCCAAUUAGGCUUGAGGGUUGUUGUUGUGGGGAGUGGUGCUGACGAGCUUUUCGGAGGGUAUACGAGGCACAGAAAUGCAUUUUGUCGUUUUGAGGGGAAUGAAGAUGAAAAGCUUAUGAACCUUCAUAGAGAAUUGGAGAAAGACUGGAAUCGAAUAUGGGCUCGUAACUUAGGUCGAGACGAUAGAGUUGUAGCCGACAACGGUAAAACAUUAAGAGCACCUUUUAUUGAAGAGAAAUUAGCCCAAUAUGUUCGUUCUUUGUCACCUUCCCAACUUUGUUGUUUUCUUUUGAAAGAAGGCAUUGGAGAUAAGCUAUUUUUGCGACUAUUUGGGUUUCAAUUAGGCUUAAAAGAUGUAUCUAAGUUAAAAAAGCGAGCAAUUCAGUUUGGUUCCAAAAUAGCUAAUAAAAAACUAAACGCGACUGAUCGAUCCGUAUACUUGUAGCAAAAUAAAACCUAGAUUGUGACAUCUUAGGUCGAUGCUUUACCUCAA